UUGGUCCACAGUGGAAUCUGGGUGAGGCAGUAUUAACAGGAUAAAUCAGGUUGCUAGUGUGGCUUAGAGGGUGACAUUUUUCCUUCAGGGGCCGGACGAAGGCUGAAGGGACCAGAGCCUGACACGGUGGAUGAUUCAAUAUGUGAAGAGCCAUCUGAAUUUAUAGAGGGGGAGAGACCUCGCCCACAAGGAUCCUCCCCUGUAGAUGAAUACCCUGAGACUGACGAAUACACUGACAUUGAUAAACAGGGUGGAGGUGGGAGUGGCAAGAAAGGAAAGAGGGGUUUUGGGUCCCUUUUUGAAAAGCGCUCCCCUGCCAAGAUGAGUGAACUGGAGAGCUCAGAGUCGGGAGUGAUUGUGAGAAUGGCAAAAGAGACAUGUGCCGAGGGUCUUGUUGUGAGCGGAGGAGGGAAGGAGGGCAUCUUCAUUAAGGAAGUGAGGCCAGAGUCCCCAGCCUCAAAGCUUCUUAGUGUACACGAGGGUGAUCAGAUACUCAGUGCCACAGUGUAUUUUGACGAUGUUAAAUAUGAAGAUGCCCUUCAGAUAUUGGAACAUGCACAGCCUUACAAGAUGGAGUUACUUCUGAAACGCAAACCAAUAAAGAUAUCCACCCUUGAGAGUGAACCAGCCCUUGAAUCCCAAGUGGAACAAGGUUCCUCUCUGGAAAUGAGGGGACAUUCAAAGACAAAAAGGCACGGUGACCGAAUCUCUUGGCCCAACUUCCCCUCCUUUAGCAAAAGUCGAAAGUCCCAUUUUAAGAGGUCUCACAGUACCGCAGAUGCAGAUGAUCAGAGGAAGCUGGAGCUGAGCCCAACAACAAGUGACACAGAGUCGCCAAUCAAAUCUCAGGAGGCUGUCAAGGGCAGGACAAAGAAGCAGAAGAUAAAGUUGUCAAGUCUAAAGAUGAAGGGCCGCAAGAGCAGGUCUGUUGAACAGUCGGGCCAGGACACAGACAUACUAACUGUAGAAUGUGCGCAAGUUAUGGAAAUCCAACAGAGUCAAGAUGACAUAUACUCACCAGAUGGUCUAGAGAGCACAUCAGGAGAAACACCUCAAGUAUAUGUGUUUGAAUCAGAAUCAGAAAAAAUGGAAUCCACCAAGAUAAAAAAUGAAUGCUCUCUUCCGGACCUGACAGGCUCGGAAAACAAACAGCACAAGGUAGAACUCAUCAGACUGGACAAAACUUUGAAAACCACAGACAUAACAGUUGCUUUUGCUGAUCAAGAGAGUCCCUUAACCAAGACAUCUCUGGAGGAAAAGAAAAAGAAGAAAGAGAAGAAAGAGAGGUCAGAACUAAAGUUUAGGAUCAAGGGAAAGGAGACAAAAGACAAACACAAGCAAGAAAAACAUGUAAAAUCAUCCCCAAAAAGCAUGAAGAUACCAGUAGUAGAUAUCAUAACAUCUGAUCUGUCUGCACAUGACAAUACCUUGCUGAUUCCAACUAUAGUAUCACAUACUAAGCUGAUGGAGCGUCAACUCCCAAUUGACAUGUCAGAUGUAGGAUUUAUCAGGAAAUCCCCUCAGAUUGGACAAGAACGAGACUUGAAAGAAACAUAUGUUAAAACAAAUUUAAAUGCACAGGAAAUGCAUGCUAAGGUCACCAGUAUUACAAUGGAACCUGACUUGCAGAUGGAAAUACAAGCUUUAAAGUUACCUACAGAGACAAGCAUUGAUGACGUUUUAGUACAAAUUGGUACAAGGACUGCUACCAAGUUCAAGCUGCCAAGGGAGGACCUUGCUGACUUUGUUACCGCUGAACCUAUAAAAAUGACAGACGUGAGGAUUGUAAAAAUGGAUGUGAAAAGCCUUAAAGUUGAGGAUAGGAGGUUGAAGAUACUUCCAAACCGUGAUGAUAUUGAGAUCCCCGGCAUGGAAGAUGCAUCAUCAACUGGCACCAAAACCCCAGUGAUCAAACAGCCUAAAACAGCAUUCACUCUUCCUGUUGAAGAAAUUCAGGCGCAGACUGUUCAGAUGGUUAUAGACGUUGACAGAGUUAAAGAGGCUGUCUCCAAAUUGCCAGGGUUCAAGCUGCCGAAGGGUGACACCGUAGGACUGCCUGCUCAUCAAGAAAUCACAAAGACAGAUGUGAAUGCAGAAAGAGUAAAUGUGACAGUAGAAAACACCCUGUCUAAAAUCACAGACAUAAAGGCACAGUUGGACACGUAUGUCAAAAAGACUGACAUAAAUGCUUCACCUGAGAAGUUGAGCCGGAGCUCAGUUACCACAAUCAAAUUGCCAAAGAACCAACUUUCUGAUCUAGGUGCUCAUGAACCUAUUACUAUGACAGAAAUAUACCAUAAAGAAAGAAAAGAGGAAGCUGGAAGGACCAAUGAGGUUGAAAUCCAAAUUGAACUCCAUAAACGAGAGAACGUGGAGAUACCUGGAAUGGAAAAUAUACAUCAAAAAGGAUCUCCCAACCAAGUGGAUAGGGGAAAAGAGUUGGCAGUACCAGUACCUGAGUGGCCAACCAUCAAAGCCGAGGAGACAAAUGUAAUUCCUUACACUAAAGGAUUAGAUAAGAAGUCAAAGAAAGCAAAGAUGUCAAUGCCUGCUCCAAAUGUCGCCGUAGAUGUACCUGAUGUGGAAAAGGACAUUAAGGUUCAAGGAACUGAAAUACCAGAACCCAAACUGACAAUGUCAGAAAUUAACAUUGAAAAGCCAAGGGUUGAUAUUAAAGGUCCAAAUAAAGAUGUGGAUGUCAAUCUUAAAAAACUUGAAAUGUUCACUUUAACAGAAGUCAAAGUGCAGGUCCAACCACCUAGCGUUGAACUCAAAGUGCCUUCUGGUGAAGUUGAAAUACCUGAGGGAGCGGCUAAGGAAAUUGAUGGAAAAAUAAAAAAGCCACAGAUGUCAUUUGGAUGGUUUUCAAAACCAGAAGUGAAAGCACCCGAGGUUGAUAUCAGUCUUAGAAAUGUGAAUAUUUCGCUUCCAGAAGGAAAGGUGGAGGUCGAAGAUCCAGAUGUGAAAAUGAAAUCUCCGGAAGUUCAAAUUAAAAUGAAACAUGAUAUUGAGCUUGAGGGACAAGGAAGUCAAUUUAAAUUACCAAAAUCUGGACUCUCAAUGUCGAGGGUUAAAGGUCCUGAAAUUGGCUUAAGUCUGUCAAAGAUAGAUGUAGAUGUCGACUUACCAGAGGGAAGAGCAGACCUCCAACUAUCUGAUGUGGAAGUCGGAGUGCCCUCUGUUGAAGUUGAAAUACCAGAAGCAGGUUCUAAAGAUAUUGAUGUGAAAAUGAGAAAGCCAAGAAUGUCAUUCCCCAAAUUUGGAUUUUCAAACCCUGAAUUGAAAGCACCAGAGGUUGAUAUCAGUCUUCCAGAGGUGGAUAUUUCUCUUCCAGAGGGAAAGAUGGAGGUCAAAGAGCCAGAGGUGGAAAUGAAAACUCCAGAGAUUCAAAUUGAUGUGAAAGAUACCGUAGGCUCCCCCUCAAGAUUCAAAAUGCCAACUUUAAAAUUCCCUAAAUUUGGAGCAGCUUCUCCAAAUGUCACAAUAGAGGUACCUGAUUUGGACAAGGACAUCAAGGUUCAUGGAACUGAAAUACCUGAACCCAAGCUGACAAUAUCAGCAUUUAACAUUGAAAAGCCAAGUGUUGACCUUAAAGGUCCAUCUAUAGAUGUCAAUCGUAAAAAAAAUGAAAAUGUCACUUUACCAGAGGUCAAAAUGAACGUCCAACCACCAAGCAUUGAACUCAAAGUGCCUUCUGGUGAAGUUGAAAUGCCUGAGGGAGCUGCUACAGAAAUGGAUGUAAAAAUGAAAAAGCCCAGGAUGUCAUUUGGAUGGUUUUCAAAACCAGAAGCGAAAGCACCCGAGGUUGAUGUCAGUCUUACAAACGUGGAUUUUUUGCUUCCAGACGGAAAGGUGGAGGUCAAAGAGCCAGACGUGGAAAUGAAAUCUCCAGAUGUUCAAAUUGAAAUGAAUCAUGAUAUUGAGCUUGAGGGACAAGGAAGUAAAUUUAAAUUACCAAAAUUUGGACUCUCAUUGCCAAGAGUUAAAGGUCCUGAAAUUGGCUUAAGUCUGUCAAAGACAGAUGUAGAUGUCGACUUACCAGAGGGAAGAGCAGACCUCCAACUACCUGAUGUGGAAGUCGGAGUGCCCUCUGUUGAAGUUGAAAUACCAGAAGCAGGUUCUAAAGAUAUUGAUGUGAAAAUGAGAAAGCCAAGAAUGUCAUUCCCCAAAUUUGGAUUUUCAAAACCUGAAGUGAAAGCACCAGAGGUUGAUAUCAGUCUUCCAGAGGUGGAUAUUUCUCUUCCCGAGGGAAAGGUGGAGGUCAAAGAGCCAGAGGUGGAAAUGAAACCUCCAGAGAUUCAAGUUGAUGUGAAAGAUACCGUAGGCUCCCCCUCAAGAUUCAAAAUGCCAACUUUAAAAUUCCCUAAAUUUGGAGCAGCUUCUCCAAAUGUCACAAUAGAGGUACCUGAUUUGGACAAGGACAUCAAGGUUCAUGGAACUGAAAUACCUGAACCCAAGCUGACAAUAUCAGCAUUUGACAUCGAAAAGCCAAGUGUUGACCUUAAAGGUCCAUCUAUAGAUGUCAAUCGUAAAAAAAAUGAAAAUGUCACUUUACCAGAGGUUAAAAUGAAGGUCCAACCACCAAGCAUUGAACUCAAAGUGCCUUCUGGUGAAGUUGAAAUGCCUGAGGGAGCUGCUACAGAAAUGGAUGUAAAAAUGAAAAAGCCCAGGAUGUCAUUUGGAUGGUUUUCAAAACCAGAAGCGAAAGCACCCGAGGUUGAUGUCAGUCUUACAAACGUGGAUUUUUCGCUUCCAGACGGAAAGGUGGAGGUCAAAGAGCUAGACGUGGAAAUGAAAUCUCCAGAUGUUCAAAUUGAAAUGAAUCAUGAUAUUGAGCUUGAGGGACAAGGAAGUAAAUUUAAAUUACCAAAAUUUGGACUCUCAUUGCCAAGAGUUAAAGGUCCUGAAAUUGGCUUAAGUCUGUCAAAGACAGAUGUAGAUGUCGACUUACCAGAGGGAAGAGCAGACCUCCAACUACCUGAUGUAGAAGUCGGAGUGCCCUCUGUUGAAGUUGAAAUACCAGAAGCAGGUUCUAAAGAUAUUGAUGUGAAAAUGAGAAAGCCAAGAAUGUCAUUCCCCAAAUUUGGAUUUUCAAAACCUGAAGUGAAAGCACCAGAGGUUGAUAUCAGUCUUCCAGAGGUGGAUAUUUCUCUUCCCGAGGGAAAGGUGGAGGUCAAAGAGCCAGAGGUGGAAAUGAAACCUCCAGAGAUUCAAGUUGAUGUGAAAGAUACCGUAGGCUCCCCUCAAGAUUCAAAAUGCCAACUUUAAAAUUCCCUAAAUUUGGAGCAGCUUCUCCAAAUGUCACAAUAGAGGUACCUGAUUUGGACAAGGACAUCAAGGUUCAUGGAACUGAAAUACCUGAACCCAAGCUGACAAUAUCAGCAUUUAACAUCGAAAAGCCAAGUGUUGACCUUAAAGGUCCAUCUAUAGAUGUCAAUCGUAAAAAAAAAAUGAAAAUGUCACUUUACCAGAGGUCAAAAUGAAGGUCCAACCACCAAGCAUUGAACUCAAAGUGCCUUCUGGUGAAGUUGAAAUGCCUGAGGGAGCUGCUACAGAAAUGGAUGUAAAAAUGAAAAAGCCCAGGAUGUCAUUUGGAUGGUUUUCAAAACCAGAAGCGAAAGCACCCGAGGUUGAUGUCAGUCUUACAAACGUGGAUUUUUCGCUUCCAGACGGAAAGGUGGAGGUCAAAGAGCCAGACGUGGAAAUGAAAUCUCCAGAUGUUCAAAUUGAAAUGAAUCAUGAUAUUGAGCUUGAGGGACAAGGAAGUAAAUUUAAAUUACCAAAAUUUGGACUCUCAUUGCCAAGAGUUAAAGGUCCUGAAAUUGGCUUAAGUCUGUCAAAGACAGAUGUAGAUGUCGACUUACCAGAGGGAAGAGCAGACCUCCAACUACCUGAUGUGGA